GCACGAGCAGGCGAGCGGGAGCGCGCGUAUAGGAAGGACGACAGGAGGAAGCAGCGGAGGCAGAUCAGUCGCCAGCGGAGCCGAAGACGGCGGAUGAACGGAGCAGAGUGCGUGUCGAGCCCGGUCCGUGUGCGUUUUUAUUCCCCCUCCUCUCACCCAACGCUGCAAGUGAAGCGCGAGGCAAAAAGCUGAGAAAGCGGCCACAGGAUGAUGCUCCAACUCGUCCACCUCCUCGGGGUGCUCGUCUGCGGCAGCCAAGCCGCCCUGCAGGUGUCCAUAUCCUUGAACAAAGUGGAAUUAAGCGUCGGAGAGUCCAAGUUCUUCAUCUGCACAGCUAUCGGUGAGCCUGUGAGGCUGGACUGGUACAACCCGCAGGGCGAGCGCAUCGUGCCCUCCAAGCGGAUGGCGCUCCACACGGAAACGUCACGAUCCAGACUCAUCAUUUACAACGCCAUCAUUGAGGACGCGGGCAUCUACCGCUGCCAGGCCACCGACGCCAGCGGUCACACCGAGGAGGCCUCGGUGGUGCUGGAGAUCUACCAGCGGCUGACGUUUCGGGACGUUCAGUCGCCGCAGGAGUUCCGGCACGGCGAGACGGCCGAGGUGGUGUGUGACGUCAUUAGCUCGCCGGUGCCGGUGGUGGUUUGGUACUACCAGGACCGAGAGAUCACCGAGGAGCACCACAGCAGGUUCCAGGUGUUGCCCAACAACAACCUGCAGAUCCACCAGGUGACCAAGGCCGACGAGGGCGUGUACCGCUGCGAGGCCAGCGUGGAGGCCCGCGGGGAGAUCGAUUUCGUGGACAUCGCCGUGGUCGUCAACGUCCCUCCGGUGUUGUCGGUGUUCCAGCAGUCCUUCAACGCCACAGCCGACUACCAGGAGGCAGUCACCUUUACCUGCCUCACCUCCGGAUCUCCCGACCCGGUGGUCACAUGGCACAGAAAAGGGCAGCAGCUGGAGCCAUCGGAGCAGCACAUUUUCAACAGGCUGGAAGGUGGACGCAGCAUGCUAACCAUCCGCAACAUCCGACAGGGCGACGGAGGAACCUACUCCUGCAAGGCCACCAACAAGGCGGGAUCUCAGGAAAGAGAGCUCUUCCUCAAAGUGUUUGUCCAGCCCCACAUCACCCAGCUGAAAAACGUGACGGCCGUGGAGGGCAGCGCCGCCAUGAUCUCCUGUGUGGCUGAGGGCGAGCCGCUGCCCGACAUUUCCUGGAGGAGAGCCAGCGACGGCCAGGCCUUCGUGGACGGAGACAAGAGCCAAGAUGGGAGGUUUGAAGUUCGUGGCCGUCACGGCAAAUCAGUGCUGACCAUCAGCGGCGUGAAACUGACUGACUUGGGCCAAUUCGACUGCGAGGCGCUGAGCAGGAUCGGAGGGCAUCAGAAGCGCAUGUUCCUGGAUAUCGAGUAUAUACCGAAGUUCCUGACCAACCACACCAUUUACUACUCGUGGGAGGGGAAUCCGGUGAACAUCAGCUGCGAUGUGAUGUCCAACCCGCCCGCCACCAUGCUGUGGAGGAGAGAACGCUUCACCAUCUCAGCAGAGGGAACCGCCAACACUCGGGUCCACAGCGCAGAGGGCAAGUCUGUGCUAGAGGUCACUCCAAUGUCCGACAGGGACUUUGGACGCUACAACUGCACAGCGAGGAACAACAUCGGAGUUCGAUACCAGGAGUUCAUUCUGGCCCAGGCAGACGUACCAUCAAAUCCGUACUCGGUUCGUCUCUCGGCUGUUUCCCAGCGCCUGGCGACCGUCACGUUCAUGAAGCCGGACUCUCACGGCGGCGUUCCCAUCAGCUACUACCUGGUCCAGUACAAGGAGGUGGGCUCUCAGGAGUGGAGGGACGUCAAGUCGCACAGCGUCCAGACCACAGUGGUGCUAACAGGGCUGGAGCCCAACACGACGUACGAAGUUCGAGUGGCAGCUGUCAACGGAAAGGGUCAGGGAGAGUUCAGCCACACGGAGACCUUCCAGACUUUACCCAUCCGAGAGCCGAGUCCGCCAGCGGUCCACGGCCAGAGAGGGAUGGGAAAGGCCUACCGACUGGGGCUGGUGAAGCAGGACGAUGGAGGGAUGCCCAUCGUGGAGUACAUAGUCAAGUACAAGACUGAUAAAGAGGAACAGUGGAUGACCAAGCUGGUUCCAGGAGCCAAUGACUUUGCGAUGCUGCAGCCGCUGCAGUGGAACACGAGAUACGAGGUGGAAAUCACGGCACGCAACGUCAAGGGCCUGUCGGAGCCCACUUUCUACCAGUUCUUCAUGCCGCAGAAGCCCGACAUUACAGCAGAAUCCCUGUUCAGCGGCCUGGGGCUGGGGGCGGUGGUGGGUCUCGGCCUCGGAGCGCUGCUGCUGCUGCUGGUGCUGGUGGACGUCAGCUGCUUCUUCCUGCGUCACUGCGGCCUGCUGAUGUGCAUCACGCGCUCGCUGUGCAGCAAGAAGACAGCCACCAGCGGCAAGGGCAAGGAAAUCGAGGAGGGCAAGGCCGCCUACCUGUACACCUACAACAGCCGCCCAACUCCCCUUUCAGCCACAGAAGCUACCGUUGAAGGAAGAAAAUGGAAAAGAGUCUCUCAAGCCGGAUACGAUUGAAAUCAAGGUGCACGGUGACAACAGCCUCCACACAAAACCCGACGACAGCAAAGCGUAAAAAGGGUCGGUCGCCCUCCUUCGCCACCAAAAGAACAUUCGGAAUCACGAGACCAAAACCCAGACAAACUACAACACUGGAAAAUAGUGGAGAUGAAUACCAUAUCUGUUUAUAACAAUGCCCCGGUGAAAGGCAUGUGUACAUAGAAAUACUAGAGAAAAUAGACAGGAAGAGAGGGUCAACCUUUUCGACGCCCUGAGUGGUUAUUGUAUCAUGUUCCUACAAAACAUGGCAUCAGUGGAAGGCUCUUGUUGAUCAAUGAUUGUAUAUUAUUAUUUCUGUCACCUUCUGUUGUGUCUGUUCUCUGAUUAUGCCGUUUGUUUUUUUUUUAUGGUCCGCUUCACCCCACAUGAGGUUUUCAUCCAGUCAAAUGGCGUCUCGAGCCCCUUUCACGCGAAACAAUCACAAGUGGAGGACUAUAGCUGCUCACGCCAUUGAUGCUGUUUAUUUCCUCGGGCCGACCCUCACUGACAAACCUUUUUAUGCCUUUAAUAGCCAAGGUAGGUGUCUAGCUCAUCAAGUUCUGGCUUCAGCACCAAAAAAAAGGCAAACAACUCCGAAAAAGGCUUUAUCGCUUCAGGAAGAAAAAAAAAAUCGAGGGUGAAGAAUUUGGAUUUCUUUUUGUGCAAUCUAUGUUGUAGGGGGAGGGGGGGGGGCUUGAGAAAAAAUCAAAAAUCACGAAGAACAAAAAAAAAAUGAGAAUGUGUCGCAGUCUAACCGUAUAAUACCAUACAUGUGCAUUGAUGUCAUUGUUAGCAAAGCCUUUUAUAUUAUUGACGCUCUCAUUCUCUAACGACGUGUGUGGAAAAGUAUGUUUUAUUCAUCGCGUUCCGGUCUGCAUACCAUAUAGGGCACACUGCAGCCAGAGGUUAAGUGCACUGCAAGCCAAUUUAUGCCCUCGUGCACGACGAGUAAUGACAAAAAAUGAUGAUUACGUGCUGGAAGGCGUUCCCAGAAGUGCCCUGAAUGGUGAUCUUUGCUAUGUGUAGAAGCAGUCAUGGGUACCACUCAAGGCAUGGGAACAAAGAAGUAACGGCACUCUCGAGAGAAGUAAAUCAGCACCGGUUUCAUGUGUGUUUUUUUAACGACAAACACUGUUUUCUUUCUUCAUUCUGGUCUCAGAUCUGCCUCAUUCUUUUUUUUUUCCUCAACUUUUCUUGGUCUGAUCGCUAUUCUCUGAUGUUGUCAUGUGUUGUACAUAGGUGAAAAAAAGAGUAUUUUACAAAGCUUUUAUGUAAAUAUACCCUAAAGGAUGUGUCUUUUCGAAAUGCAAAAGGCUUGGCUUUUAUUUUUUCCUUUCUUUUCUUUUUCUUUCUGCGCGAACACUCCUCAGAUGAAAAGCGUUUUUUUUGUUUCCUUUCCUCCUUCUUCUUCUCUUUCCGUUGUGUUUCUGGUCCAAAGUUCAGUGAUGGUGUAAUAUUGCUUUUCCCAGUCAUUUGCUUUCCCUUAAGAAAAUCCAUGCCCAAAGGCUAUUUCACGGCAUUUCAAUGGAGGCAGUAAUUACGGCAUUAAUGUGCCUUCUCUCUUCUUUAUUUUUUUUUCCCUCUCUCCUUCCCCUCUUGUGGCCCAACGCCGACGCAGCAGUAUAGACCGUCAAAUGGAUUUUUGAUCGCGACUUAGCUGCUUUAUUCCGCCACAGAAUGUGUCAAGAGAUUGAAUUUUAUUGUGGUGCUGUGAAUUCUGGGAAACGUAGUCUUAGGAUCGUGGAUUGUAGUCGACGCCACUGGAGAGAAAACAGAUGUGUAUUACUACCUAGUGCAACUAGAUGUCAGGUGGAGUAGGAAGUGAAGCGAUGGGGCUGCAGAAGUCUGGUUUUAACGGCAUGUAAUGCAUCAUCACAGAGUGUGUGUGUGUGCGAGUGUGUGUGUGUGUGUGUAUACAUACAUGCAUGGGUGGGUGAAUACACUUGUCUCCAUGAAUCAGGUUGCAUGUAUGUCUGUUGAAUGUAUCUGCACGUACUGUGAGUCAAUCUGUGCGUGAGUGUCUGUGCCCAUUGAUAUUUUUCAGUCUCCCGCUUACAAAUCACGUAAAGUGAAAAAGGAAAAAAAAACUCACCACGUUAUUUUCUUAUAAGUUAUUUGUAUUUAUAUUAAAGCUCCAUCAUGCGGCUCGGCAAAAGUGAUGAUGACCACAUGCCAAGAAUGAAUGUCCAAGUGCUGCGAGUGCACAAGUGUGUCCCGGCGAGAGCUCUCGCGCCGAGUUUCGGGGCGCGCUCUGAUAGGUAAAACCUGAUUAUGUACUUCUCGACAGUGAUUAAUUCCCCCCCGGGCUGCAGCACUCCACCCGCCCGCCACUGUUCCCUGCCUCUCAGACUCCGCCGGUUUUUAUCUCAGACCUCGUAGCGCCGGCUUUGUUUCCCAGCGAGCUCCCUUGUACCUGCAUAUCUCAAACGGAUGGUCCUGCCAUGGAGUGGGCACCGCCGCCUGUUACGAUCACUGUAAAUACGGGAGCACAGUGCCUGGAGGCUAUACGAUUUGUACAUGUUCUUUUGUAUUUGAAUAUGAGUCUAAAACCCCCCCACACACAUCCCACCCUCCACCACCGGCCCCUUUCCUCUCCUUUUCCCCCGCCGUCUCCUCCACCGUGCCUCGUCCCUUUUCUUUCCGUCGGGGGUAUAACAGGUGUGUUUGAGCUCAGUGUACAGUAUAUGUCCUCUUCGUCCCCAUGCGCCCCGUGUCCCCUGGACUGUCCCCGCUGAGUGUGCUUUGUGCAGGAGGUGGGAACUAUUGAUGUCUCUCUGUACGUACCUGUGGAACACUUGUGACUCCUAUCAUUUGCCGCUGUAAAUAAACAUGUCCUGGUAGAAGAGA